AUGUCCCAGAACUCGCCCAUGGAAUCAAGCUCGUCCUCGCGCAGGCACUCCCCCAGCGAGGAGCCCGCCCAACCCCAUGCUUCCACAAGCACCGACGCGUUUCGCGAUACUCUAGCCACCAAGAUUAGGAUGCCCACAAAGGCGACGAGGAGGAUGAGGGGAGAGAUCGCGUGUGCCGAGUGUCGACGACUCAAGAUUCGCUGCGAUAGGACGGUGCCAUGCUCGACCUGCGUCAAAAGAGGCUGCGGCGCGCUUUGCCCAAAUGGGACUAUUCCUCCAGGUGAAGGAAGUCGGUUCGUGUUGGCUGCGUCGGACCAUCUUCGUCAGAAACUUUCCAAGCUAGAAGCCCGUAUGCGUUCAUUGGAAGACGCCCUCGCGAUUAUCCAUGCAUCCGAGUCCGACGAACCUCACCCACUUCUCAGCGUCGGUGAAGAUUUUGAAGAACCUGAGCCAGAGCCAGAUGUCCUAAAGCCGCUCGUCGAUGAGAAAUCUCAGUCACCACAGCCACUCUCCGAAACACUGGGGACGCUGUGCGUCGACACUCACGGUGGUUCUCGUUUUUUUGGUCCUACUGGAGGAGCCGAAAGCCUUCUUAUGACCUCUGACGGUGGGGCAGCUCCAUCGACGCAACCUAGCAGCCACGUCCUCGAAGAACUAGACCCUUCUUAUCUGUCUCCACAAAUUAAUCAGUGUUACCAAUCCUUUCCCUUCACGCCGCCGAACGUCGUGGUCUCCGCCGUGCAGCCAAUGAUUGAGUCCUUCCUCCCAUCCAUGGAUAGGGCCAUUACGCUCUGCGACACGUUCCUCGAGCACCUAUCCUGGAUGUUCCAUAUCGUUUCUCGCCACAAAUUGCUAAACGAGCUUAUUCCCAUCAUUUACAAGCAAGCCCCGGUUCCCUACGGCCCACAUGAUCUUGCGCUGCUUCUUAUUGUUCUAGGCAUUGGGUCACUGGUAGAUCUCAAUCUCCCACCUUACAACCUCGAGGCGCAACACUACUAUCGCCUCACCAGGGCGACACUUGCUCUACAACCCGUCCUCGGUGCCCAAUCCGUCGUCACUAUCAAGGUCCUUCAUCUCAUGAGCAUCUACAAUGGAAUGAGUGGGAAGGAGAGUAAUUUGGAACAGUCCUAUGUCCUCCUGGAUUUAGCCGGACAGGUUGCGCUUGGGAUAGGCUUCCAUGUCGACCCAUCGAUGUGGGGUUUUGAGGGCAGGGAGGCAUAUGACCGACGGGUCUAUUUUUGGAACCUGAUGUCUGCUGUGUUGUGGCAGAGCUUGGUGACGGGGAGACCGCCCAGUCUUUUGAUGUCAUACAUUGAUUGCCGCAUUCCCAGCCCCGAGGACGAGAAUUUAUUUCAGGAAGGGGAAGUUCCGCUCGGCUUUGGCAUAUGGGGCUUCAAAGCGAGCCAGGAAUGCCUGAUUCCGCUCGUGCGCGCCAUCCUCGCUGCAAAACCCCCGACCUACGAGACGGUCAUGGAGCUUGAUCAGAAGAUUCGCGACUUUGUUCCUCCAAGACCAGAUUCGUCGGUGAACCAAACGAGUAGGACUGCGAUGUCAAUGCGGACAUUUGUACGCUCGCACUACCAGGACCUCAUGCUGCUGUUCCUUCAUCGGCCCUAUUUUGCCCAGGCGAUGACAGAAUAUCCUGAUAACCCUCUAAGCAGCCCAUACAGUCAAUCGGUCAUCGUGGGAACCGUUGCCAUCCGUGGGGUGCAUCUCAACCUCAAGCCGCCCCCUCUGGAUGAAUUUGAAGCGAUUUUCAAGGUGUUCACCAGUGCCGCGGAGACAAGCAGUCGGGCCGCUAGGGCGCUGCCGGUGUUGAACGCCAUGCUACAAAAGGCCUACCAGGCCCAUCAGUACUACCAUGAGAAAGGCAAGCCGGCACCAUCGCAGGCUGACGACGUCGAUGAAUUGUCGUACUUCGCGGGAGGCACCAAAAUCAUCAAACGAGAAGACUCGGUUCUCCCGUCAGCUCGGGCUUCCCCCGACCGAACAUCACCCUCUCGAUUUGCCGUCCCUUCAGUCCCAAUGGCGCCUCGAAUACACCAGCCUCAAGCUUCACACGUCAUUCAAUCUCUACCAAUGCGCAUGGAACCAUCCAUGGUUGCCAUAAAGCAGGUGCCACUUAAUCCUUCAACGAUAUCGUCAUCCCCACUCACGUACCCGCCGUCCUCCCAAGCCAACAUUGAACUUCCCCCCACUGGUCCAGCGCGUGACAUAUACCAACAAUCCUCCACCGACUUCCGACUCCCUCCAUUAAUGAUUCCAUCAAUAAUCUCUGGGCCGCCGCCACAACGUCCCCAACAACGCCGUCGGCUUCAGACUUUCGCAGACCUGUCUGGGGGUUGGAACGGCAUGUUUCACGAAGUCGCUCCUGCGUAUGGGCUACGUAUAUCUAACACCCGUGCCAACUUGUCAGGGCGGGGGUCGCCUGCGCGGCUCAGCAGCACCUCUGCUGGAUCAUCGGCGGGACAGUCGCAACAGUAUCCGCAAUCUUUCACUCCCAUCAAUAACGAUGCCAUCAUGUUGGACGACCGUUGGGCCUCUUUCAUGAACUACGACUUGUUCAGAGACUUCCCACAAUAG